AUGCAAAUUCGUUUCUUGCAAUCAUUUAAUUCUUUGAAAAGGAUUGGGUGUUGGAGGGACAGUAGUGGUACCUCAAGUAGUCAAGCGAUACCUUCCACAUCAUCAAUUCUCUCCGACGAACAACAACAAUACAAGGGAAAGAUAAUGAAUGAAAAUGAAAUCAAAGAGGAUCGCAAACGUUUCGCAGAAUUAUUUCGAUGUUCCAAAUUUGUACAGCUUGGUGAUUUUGAAGGACGAAUAGUUAUAGGUGAAAUUGUGCGCCGAAUCGCUGAUGAUUUAUACAUCGAUAUAGGACUAAAAUUCAACACCGUAUGUAAAGCACCGGUGAUGAAAAAUGAAAGUUACAAAAUAGGAGCAAAAGUUCUUCUUCGCUUGCAUGAUCCCGAACUUUCUGAGUUAUUUUUGGGUUCUACAAAAGAGUUAACGCUAUUAGAAGCAGAUGCAACUCUUCUGGGUCUGUAUCGCCCACGUUCGGAUGAAUCGAUAAAAACUUCUUUCCUUGAAACCAUGGAAAAAGAAGUGACGAAAAUUGGGACUUCGGCGUCGAAAGCUAAUACUGGUGAAUCGUAA